AUGGCAAGACUUUCAGGACAAAGUAGUGGCAGACAGACUGGCCAAGGAACAAGUGCAGAGGCUAUACGACAACAGAGAGAAGAACUUAGAAGACAACGAGAAUUACGACUACAACAACAGCAACAAGCAGAAAGACAACAACAACGACAACAAUAUCGUACCGAACAAUCCCCAAUUGUACCAGCUGCUACUUCCUCGUCACGAUAUUCACAAUUUGGAAUAUAUAGAAAUCAACCUGGUGAUGUAGUGGACACAUUGGCAUCAUCGCUACCACGAAGAACGACAACAACGAGACCAGAGGUUAAUCGAACAGUACCUCGAGUGAAAAAAAGAUAUCGUCCAGGUACUAAAGCUUUACGAGAGAUCAGACAGUAUCAAAAAUCCACUGAUUUAUUGAUUAGAAAGUUGCCCUUUGCCCGGUUGGUUAGAGAAAUAAGUCUUGAUUUUGUUGGGCCAAGUUAUGGGUUGCGAUGGCAGAGCAAUGCUAUAUUGGCACUACAGGAAGCUCUGGAAUCAUUUUUGAUACAUUUAUUGGAAGACACAAAUUUAUGUGCUAUUCACGCCAAAAGAGUGACUAUCAUGCAAAAGGAUAUACAAUUAGCAAGAAGGAUCAGAGGACAGUCUUGGAUAUUGUAA